CUGGCGGGUGGGGGGCCCCGCGGGAGGCGGGAUUGCGGGGAGGGCCCUGUGCCGCCCCUCCCGCCCCCUGCCCUCCCCGCCUGCCCACCCGGAGCGCUAGACGAGAAGGCACGGGCUGGCGGUGUCCCCCGCGCUUCAGCCGGCUCGGCGGCCAGCUCCUACCUGUAGAGUCUGGCGGGGGCGCCGCCUUCCCGGACACCUAUCCUUUCUCCUCCUUCGGAAACCUCUCGCUCAGCUACCCGCGUGUCGGACAGGCGGCGCUGGGAUCCCAGGACAGGGUGCCAGGCUCGCUGUUGGCGACAUGUAGACGCCCUCCCCGCCGCGGUACAGCCUCGGAACCUGGACGCCCUCCUGGCCGGAAAGUUUGGGGCUGGGCGCCAUGGCCAAGAGCAGCUCCCUGAACGUCCGCGUCGUGGAGGGCCGGGCGCUGCCCGCCAAGGACGUGUCUGGGAGCAGUGACCCCUACUGCAUAGUGAAAGUGGACGACGAAGUGGUGGCCAGGACAGCCACCAUCUGGCGAAGCCUGAGCCCCUUCUGGGGGGAGGAGUACACAGUGCACCUGCCCCUGGAUUUCCACCAGCUGGCCUUCUAUGUGCUGGACGAGGAUACCGUGGGGCACGACGACAUCAUAGGCAAGAUCUCACUGAGCAGGGAGGCCAUUGCAGCUGACCCCCGAGGAAUUGAUAGCUGGAUCAACCUGAGCCAUGUGGACCCUGAUGCAGAGGUGCAGGGUGAGAUCUGCCUGGCCGUGCAGAUGCUGGAGGAUGUGAGGGGCCGUUGUCUUCGCUGUCACGUGCUCCAGGCCAGGGACCUGGCCCCCCGAGACAUCUCCGGCACAUCUGACCCAUUUGCACGUGUGUUUUGGGGCAGCCAGAGCUUGGAGACUUCGACCAUCAAGAAGACUCGCUUCCCACACUGGGAUGAGGUGCUGGAGCUGCGGGAGAUGCCAGGUUCCCCAUCCCCGCUGCGGGUGGAGCUCUGGGACUGGGACAUGGUUGGCAAGAAUGACUUCUUGGGCAUGGUGGAGUUCCCCCCGCAGGUCCUACAGCAGAACCCCCCCAAUGGCUGGUUCCACCUCCUGCCCUUUCCCAGAGCGGAGGAGGAUUCUGGGGGAAGCCUGGGUGCCCUGCGGCUGAAGGUACGCCUGACCGAGGACCGCGUCCUGCCCUCCCAGUACUACCAGCCACUCAGGGAGUUGCUCAUGGAGUCUGUGCUGCGGCCGGCAGAGGAAGAUGCUGCCAGCCCCCUGGCUGUCCUGGAGGAGCUGACCUCGGGGGACUGCCGCCAGGAGCUUGCCACCAAGCUGGUGAAGCUCUUUCUUGGCCAGGGCCUGGCUGGGCCCUUUCUGGACUAUCUCACCCGGCGUGAGGUGGCACGGACCACUGACCCCAACACCCUCUUCCGUUCUAACUCCCUGGCAUCCAAGUCAAUGGAACAGUUUCUGAAGCUCGUGGGCAUGCCCUACCUGCACGAGGUCCUGAGGCCGCUGAUUAACCGCGUCUUCGAGGAGAGGAAGUACAUGGAGCUGGACCCGUGCAAGAUGGACCUGGGCCGCACCAGGAGAAUCUCCUUCAAGGGUGCGCCGUCCGAGGAGCACGUGCGGGAGGUCAGCCUGGGGCUGCUGACGGGCUACCUGGGGCCCAUCAUGGAUGCCAUUGUGGGCUCCGUGGGGCGCUGCCCGCCCGCCAUCCGCCUCACCUUCAAGCAGCUGCGCCAUUGCGUGGAGGAGCGCUUUCCCCAGGCAGAGCACGAGGAUGUGAAGAACCUGGCCAUAAGUGGCUUUCUCUUCCUGCGAUUCUUCGCUCCUGCCAUCCUCACCCCGAAGCUGUUUGACCUCCGGGACCAGCACGCAGAUCCCCAGACCAGCCGUUCCCUGCUGCUGCUUGCCAAGGCUGUGCAGAGCAUUGGAAACCUGGGCCAGCAGCUGGGCCAGGGCAAGGAGCUGUGGAUGGCACCCCUACACCCCUUCCUGCUGCAGAGUAUUUCGCGUGUGAGAGACUUCUUGGACCAGCUGGUGGAUGUGGAUGGGAAGGAGGAGCCUGGGGGCCCAGCCAGGGCCCUGGUCCCGCCCUCGGUGACCGUUCGAGAAGGCUACCUGCUCAAGCGCAAGGAAGAGCCCUCCGGCCUGGCCACACGCUUUGCGUUCAAGAAGCGCUACUUCCGGCUCAGCGGGGAGAUGCUCUCCUACUCCAGGAAUCCUGAGUGGCAGACGCGCUCCUCCAUCCCGGUGUCGCACAUCCGCGCCGUGGAGCGCGUGGACGAGGGCGCCUUCCAGCUGCCGCACGUGAUGCAGGUGGUGACGCAGGACGGCGCGGGAGCGCUGCACACCACCUACCUCCAGUGCAAGAACGUGAACGAGCUCAACCAGUGGCUAUCGGCCCUGCGCAAGGCCAGCGCCCCCAAUCCGGACAAGCUGGCCGCCUGCCACCCCGGUGCGUUCCGCAGCGCGCACUGGACCUGCUGCCUCCAGGCCGAACGCUCAGCUGCCGGUUGCAGCCGCACGCACUCAGCCGUCACCCUGGGCGACUGGAGUGACCCGCUGGAUCCCGAUGCUGAGACCCAAAUGGUGUAUCGGCAGUUGCUUCUAGGGCGGGACCGGCUCAGGAUGAAAUUCCUGGAGGAUUCCAACCUGGUUACGACUCCCGAGGCAGACACAGAGAAGGGCUCCAGUGCCACGGAAGGGGCCUGUCCUGAUGCCCUGGCUCACCAGAGAGAGGCAGCUGCCCAUCUGCUGGAGGUGCUCGCAGACCUGGAUCAAGCCCACGAGGAGUUCCAGCAUCAGGAGCAGCGGAAGGUGGCCCUACGCCCCCUGAGGCCCUGAGGACAUGCCAGAGCCAGCCUGGAGGGAGGUGGAAAGAGCCGGUGGGCCCUUCUCAGCGUCCCCUGGCCCAGGAGUCUCCUCGUGGCUGUCCGGUACCUCGUUGAUGCUGUGGCUUGCAGGCUCCUGGAAAUAUCCUAAUCCCAUGUGUCCUAAGCCCAGAACCCAGGCAUGGAAACCCUUGGGCAGGGGACCAGCCUUGCACUGAAUGGGUCUUACCCUCUGGGUUGAGGCACUCUGGAGUGGAUGGAAUAAGGAACCUGACCCACUUAUCUCAGCCUGAGGUUUCUGCUUCACAGGACUGGCCUCUAGCCACACUGACAUGGCCAGCCCUGAGCUGCUGGCCCUGAGCUGCUGGAUACAGCUGUACACGAAUCCCUGAUGCCCUUGUGGCCUUGUUGCCCCAGAUAGGCACUAAACAGGCUCAGCCCUUCCUGUUUUCAUGUCUGCCAAUCCCUGUAGCCACAUUGAUCCUCCUGAACCCUGUCCUUGGCUGAAUAUCCUAACCACAAGCCUCCAGAAUCAGGUGCCCUCAGGAAUAACUGAGGCUGAGAGCCCAGCGUGCAUGACCCAGACCCUUGGGAGACUUUGGACCAGGCUCUUUCCCUGUCUUUGAGCCUCAGUUUACCCUGUAUAAAAUGAGGAGGGAGUGAGUCUAGAUGUGUGGUUUUCAAAAUGGGUUCCAUGGGGGUAGUGUGGGAGCCAGGGAGGGAUUUCUCAGACUGUGGUUCAAAGCCCACCCUCAGGUUGUCUGCUAGAAAUGCAGAUUCCUGGGACUGCCCCCAGAUCUCCUGAAUCAGAAUCUGAGGGAGCGUGAGGGCAGGAAUCAGGGUUUUAAACAAGUUCCACAGGUGGUGUGGAGGCACAUGAGAUUUGAGGACCAUGGGGCUGGGUGAUUUUGUAUAUUGAGGUGAGAUUUUGUUUGAGAAUUAAUCACAGAAGGUAAAAUGUUUGGGAACACCCAACUGGCAGAAUUGGGCCUCCAAAGACUCAUUUCCAGUUUUGUGUGACUAGAGGGUAGGACAGAAACCUAAGCCUAUCUGGCUGGGGGAGUGGGGUGGGGUGGUGGUGACAUGGACCACUGCAGGAAAGAUGCAGUGCUAUCCUGAGGGUGGCCGGAAGGGGUCGCCUGGAGCCGCGGCAUCCACCACAGCCUCCUAGCAUCCUGGGAUGUUGCAGAGACUGACGGGAGACUUGCUGCAGAUCCAGGGAUACGUCCCCGUCUCUCCCGACAGAACCUGGUCCUCCUCCCUGAGGGCAGAGGCUGGGGCUCUGAGGUUCCAACGAGCCGAUCACGGCGUCUCCCAGCUCCUCCAUAUUUUCCAGGAGGCUCGCAGCUCCCAGCCCAAGUUCCUCAUUCCUAGUAAUUGUACCGGGGAGCAGCUGUAUGCAUUGCCGUGCCCGUGCUUGAGAACAGAGCUUUCACCUGUGCCCUCUUGGGGAGUAGGAUUGGGAGGGUCUGCCUCUGCCACCAUCACACCCCCUGCCUGCCCCAGGACAAGAGAAGUAUGGGGACCCUCCAUCUCCAGCUGCCCAAGGCUGACGCGGCAAUGGUCCUGGGUCAUCAUUUUGUUGCAAGCUCCCCCAUGGGAUGGACCGAAAGCCCCCAGAAACAGAGCCACGCACACCCCUUCUUGGCAGGAAAAGACCCAGCUGAGGAGGAGAAAGACCAUUUAUUUCUCCACCCACAGUGGGACUGGUAGAUUUUCAAAAGAGCAAUCACUGGCGUCCCUUUAAAUCUUGGCUGACUUCCGCCGUGGCAGCCAAUCAACAGAGGCAGAGCUGGUGAGUUGCCUGGGCAACAGGCCCCUGGUUGGCCGAGACCAUCAGCCACCCCACUGCCCACUCCCAAGGAAAGGGAAAUGGACUCUUUGCUGUCCGGUCUGCUUUUUAAACCUGCUGGCCUAAGCCAGGCCUCCUUGUCUCACUCCUGAAGCCAGAAGCUCCAGCCUUUGGAUCUUGACAUUGGGAGCGAUUUGGUGGAGAGAAUGGGGUGGGGAGGAAAGGAAAACAGUGCCUUUAUCAGGGACAGACAUAAGGCCUGGGGAUGGCAGGGGAGAAGAAGGAGCUCAGGGUCCCAGAAGGAUGAAGAGACACAAGCACAAAAUAAGAUUCUCCUCGUCUGUCUCCCUGGCCCACCCCUUUGCAAAACUGCUGAAUAUUCUGGGAGCUUCCACCCUGUGGGCCCACAAUUGCCCAUCAGUGGGUGGCAGAGAUGGGGGGAGGCUGAGGCUCCCAAGUGCCCCCUUUUCUCCCGGAGCCUCACCAGGCCCCCACGUGCUUGACCCGAGUCCUUCUGUUUGCAGACAAGCCUGUACAGAUGCGAUAGACACAGAUGGGAAUCCACAUGGAGUAUCACAGGGGUCUUUCUGUCUCUUCCCCCUCAGUCUGGGGGUAAGUAGAGGCACGUGGGUGUGCGUGCAUGUGUUCAACAGGACACGUGUGUUUGUGUGAGGGGGUGGGGCUCUGUCUUUUUGGUAGGGAGGUUGCUGUGGUUUCCGGUACACCCUUGUGACCCUCUCAGGUAGCUAGGGUCGAAGCCGGCUGGCCUGCCAUCCUCCCAUCAUGCCAACUGCUACCAGCCAAAUCCCGGGAACGCUUCUGGCUCCUCCUGCAGGUUCCUCCCCAGCCCUGAACCUGGGCCGCCAGGACACACCUGGCAGAGGGAGGCAUGUGCUGCAUGUGCUGGACCAGGGGCAAAGCAGGAGGGAAGGUGGGCAGCCUUGGGCCUCAGGCCUUGGCCACAGCCUCGGACACACCCUGGGCUGUGAGCUCUGCCAGCACGUUGUCUAGGUAGCUAGCGUCCGGGUAGCCGUGGCCCGUGAGGUUGGAUCCAAACUCGGUCUUGUGGUGGAUCUCGUUCCACACCACGGUGUCCGACUCGCCCGUGGUGUUGGAUGUGCCGAUGGUGAAGAUAAGUCUCCGCUCCCAGGCGGUGAUAAGCAGCCUCAGCACCUGGAGGGCGGGGCAGGCAAGGGUCACAGCCAGCCCCACCCACAGCUUGAGUCCCUCCCUGACCACACUGUGGUUCCCCUGCAGGAUUCCCCGUGGCUGCCCAGCGUGGCCACUUCCUUCCCUAGACUGACUCCCACUCUGAGCUCCCCCAGUAAAAGCACUUUCCAUGUUA